CCGGGCUGCGUCAUGCAGUUUGAUUUUUAUUCAUUGAAACUACGACGUUUUGCAUUGGGCAAAAAAAAAAAAUACAGCAGGGGUCAAGAAAAUCCUAAUCCUCUUGGGCUCUUUGUGUCUGAAGCUUCACUCGAAAGUGGAAACACUGCUCUCAUCGACUCGAAAGCGGUUUGCGGUUUCCGUCAUCGGCGAGACGCCGCCGCCGUCUGGAAUUGGAAGACCGUCGCAGUAGUCGCACCAUCGCAGCACGCAUUGGAAACGGAAAUGGGUUCUUGUGCUACAUCAUCUGUUCUGACUAAUCAAUUUAUUCCGUGGUCUACAACCAAUACUGAAUCUCCCUUGGACUCCAAAUUGGGCGUCAUAUUUUAUAAAAUGUACAGAAAUACAAACAAAAGACAACUCAGUCUCUCUUUUGCUUGGGAUAGUUAUAAAAUCAGGAGUAUUGGUGCGAUUAAAUCAUACAAAGAUGUAUCUUAUUUUCAAACCGAACAAGUAGGAUCAUGGGAAGAUCCAGAUACUGGAAGUGACAGUGAGUGUGAUGAUGAAGAAUAUGAGGAAGUUGAAGACGAGAACUUUGGAUUUGAAAGUGAUUCAGAAGAGGAAGGGAUGAAGGCUUCAGUUGCUACUGAUGUUAAUAUAACUUCAGGGGACAACUAUGAAGAACUUAUUAAGAAAGAGAUUGAACAGCUUCUGGAACCGGAAGAAAGAGCAAUAUUGCAACAGAAUAUUACUCCUAACUUGGAAAAAAUAUCAACUGAAAAAUGGAGCCCGCUGCACACUCUUGUGCUUUCAAUGCAGAUGAGUUGUGUGGAUAAGCUUCUUGAAAAUGGUGUUGAUAUUGAUUUACCUGAUAAGGAAGGUCUUACUGCACUUCAUAAGGCAAUUACGGGUAAAAAAGAAGCUGUGAUUAGUCAUCUUUUACGAAGAGGUGCAAGUCCUCAUGUUAAGGAUAAGGAUGGAGCCGCUCCACUUCAUUAUGCAGUUCAAGUUGGUGCCAAGAUGACUGUGAAAUUAUUGAUCAAGUACAAGGCUGAUGUCAAUGUUGAAGAUAAUGAAGGUUGGACCCCCUUGCACAUUGCCAUUCAAAGCAGAAAUAGAGAUAUAGCAAAAAUUUUGUUAGUCAAUGGUGCUGAUAAGACUAGGAAAAAUAAGGACGGAAAAACAGCCCUGGAUCUAAGCUUAUGUUAUGGGAAAGAUUUCAAGUCUUAUGACCUUGCCAAAUUACUGAAGACGGUUCCAGCUGACAGUUAUCUAUGAUGUUCGAGAUGCAAUCGGCCAGAACCAGAUUGAAGUUUCAGUUGAUUUAUAGCUGCUGCUAAUUAGCAAGUAAAUCGUCCCCUUGGCAUUCAGCCAUCUUUGAAGAUCUUCUGCUGAGCUAUUUCAAAAUGAGGAAAGUUUUGAUGGAACAAUUCAUUAUCUUCUACCCCAAUGAUUAAUUGGAAUGUUUUUGCAGCAUAGCUCGAAUUGACAACACUAUCUUGUCAAAACAACACACUGUGCAGAUUAUAAGUUGAGAAUACUAGGCAUCCAAAGACACAAAAUGCUGGCAAAUUGCUGACUUAUUUUAGAUUAGCUGUUCAAGCCACUGAAUUUUCUACAUGUAGAAUUAUUUCAACUAAUAAGCUAUCAGUGAUAAUUAAUUGUAUUAAGUAGAGGUAGUUCAUAAAUUUCUUUUCUAUGUAAGUGUUACAGUUUAAAGUUGUUUAUAAAGUUUGAAUGAUAGACAACAGUGCUAACAUUAUUGAGUUAUAGGUUAUAUGCCGAA